AUGCUAACCGCCGGAAUUAAGACUUCCUGGCUUUGGGCUGUCUUUGUCGUGUCGCCUCAUAGAUUAGCCGCUGGAAGAUCAGAUUUUGGAGCCAUUGAUAAUGAAGCCAUAGAUUUUAGCCAACUAGAAGACUUUAUCAACGAUGAAACAGACCAGUCUAAUUCGUAUUUCGGUGAAUCACUUUGCACGGACCGAGGAACGAGGACAUUGACUGUUGUUAGCCACAUCCCUACGAACACAUCAAUAGAUACCCAGCAUUAUACUCAGCCACAUAAUUUACCAGAAAGUCCCCCUGAUUCUGGUUCAGAGCCUCCUUAUUCCCCUCAAGAAGCGAAACCUCAUUCACCCAGGAACCAAGCGAAGGUUGGCGUUGAAGAACUGCUGUUAAGCCCUGGAGGUGUUUAUAGCAAGUUACUUACGCCAGGUGAUUUGCACCCUGCCGUUCUCGCUCACACACCGUUACACGAUCAACCGCUUUCUCCGCUCUCUGGUGGCACGUUGAUAGCAACUGGUCCUGCCACUGACGAGUCACCGAUCUCAGCUGUUUACAGUGCCUUAAAGAAGAGAAAGUUGAGUCAAGAUAAUUCCAGUUCUGUUAAAACAGAACCUGGUAAUCUAAUAAGCAGUGAACUUAUAAUUGAAGAUGAUGUCUCUUAUCAAGAUGGCUCGGCCGAAAACGGAAUGUACCUGGAUUCGAGUAAUUUUCAGUGUAUUAGGUUUUCGGCAUUUCAACAGACCUCUUGGCACACCCUCUGUGAUCAUAACCUUAAGGAGCUACCAACGCCGCAUUAUCGUGUUGAUGCUGAUAAGGGCUUUAAUUUCUCGAAUACGGAUGAUGCCUUUGUCUGUCAAAAGAAAAAUCAUUUUCAGAUUACCUGUCAUACUCAGCUUAUAGGGGAACCUCAUUUUGUGAAGACGCCAGAAGGUCUCCGCAAGAUUGAAAAUUUCUACCUUCACUUUUACGGAGUAAAAGUCGAAUCUCCUUCGCAAACAAUCAAAGUAGAACAAUCGCAGAGCGAUAGGAGUAAAAAGGCUUUUCAUCCUGUGCUCCUUGAAUUCAAGGGAGAGGAAGUUUCUAAAGUCACAGUCGGAAGGUUGCAUUUCAGCGAAACGACAUCAAAUAAUAUGAGAAAGAAAGGAAAACCGAACCCUGACCAGAGGUAUUUCUACCUCGUUGUCGGCCUUCACGCACACUGUACCGACUCCUCGCACUACCCUAUUACUUCCCACGCUUCAGAAAGAAUUAUUGUUCGGGCUUCCAACCCAGGUCAAUUUGAAAGCGAUGGUGAAGCUGUAUGGCAGCGAGGCAUGACAGGUGACUCGGUUUUCCAUUGUGGGCGGGUCGGGAUCAACACUGAGAGGCCUGAUGAAGCGCUAGUCGUUCACGGUAACAUCAAACUGACAGGCCAUAUUGUCCAACCUUCAGAUAUUCGAGCCAAGGCUUUCAUUCAAGAGGUAGACAGUAAGCAACAGCUUAAUAAUCUGGCAAGGUUGCGGGUCGUCAAGUACAGCUUACACACUGGCCUCAUAGCACAGGAACUAGUCUCCGUUUUGCCAGAUGCCGUCAGUAAUUCGGGUGACAUGAAACUACCUUCUGGAAAUACAAUUAAUGAUUUCCUCGUCAUUGACAAGGAGCGAGUUUUCAUGGAAAACAUUGGAGCUGUCAAAGAGUUAGCGAAAGUUACUAGAAACCUUCAGGCGAGGCUACAGGAACUUGAAAGAGUGACGCAGUACAAUGUUUGUUCUAAGAAGAAGAAAAGUGGUAAAAAGAAAAUCGACGAUGAAGUUUGUUCUGAUACAAUGAUUCAAACAACAAUAUACAUGCUCAUUGUUAUCAUGGCACUAUGAGAAAGAAAUGUUGAAAGAGCUGUUUUGAAUGCUUUGCCUAACGGAUCAAAAACUUGGCUUAAACCUUCGAUGCAGUCUUAUUUUCCUGUGAAUAAAGAAAAACUCCUAAAUUUGAACAACCCUCCUAUAAUAGGUUAUCCUGCUCACUGUAGAAGUCAGCACGGGAAUUGCCAGGUUUUUUGUUGCGACCCAGAAUCGUCAAAAAACCAUCCACUUCAUGAUAUCGAUCUAGGUAACAAUUUUCUUGAAGAUUCUGAUUUAUCAUCUGAUCAUCAGAGGUAUGAAUCUUCAGGAAUCCAGUCAAUCGGAAAAUUGAAACCUAGAAUACCUCGUCACUCAGUGAUAACCUCGAAGCUAAUUAUUGAGGGUACGGAUUUCAACAUCACACUUGGUCCAAAAAAUUGUGACCCACUGUACCCUCAGUUUGUACAGUGUACUCAUUUUACCGCUAGUAACUACACUUAUCACAUUCCAUUAAGCAGAUACCUCCACGAUUCUAUAUUGAAGUUCCAUUUCAGGAUGUCUGUAAUUGGGACAGCACUGGGCUCGGAACAGACUUCAUAGAAUUCAAUCUUAUUGUUUACAGAGAUUGUUCCCACCAACAGACGUAUACUAAACACCAGAACUAACCUUUCUCGCCCUAUCGCGAGCCUAAUAUUUUCUUUAUUUUAUCAUGAUUUAUAAUUGUCUUUCAUAUUUUCUAAAUUGCCAUAAAAUUAGUCUGAUUAUGUUAAGUUCUUGUGGCCCUUAGCGUUAGUCAAUAUUAUGUUUCCCUAUAUCUGAGGUUUUUUAAGUGGACCCUACAAGGUCAUUGAGGAAUGACAGUCUUACUGUCUAAUACUAAUAACAAGAAUGACUUCAAUCACGAUGGUCCCUACAUACAUCAGUCAGACUGAUGUCAUUUUAGCUCAGUUGACAUAAAGGCACCAGGCUGUACGGAUCUGGUGCAUUGUAUAUUAAUAUGUUUAAUAAAAAAAAAAAAAGCUUGUUUGACUAUUAUCCUAGAAUUAUUCUUUGUGCCUGAAAAUUGUUUUGAUUAAAGUUAAAAAAAUAUAACCUCAACUACAUUAAAAUCUCAAUAAUUUGUUUAUCCUGUAUAUUUAUUAAUACAUAAAUCCAGAUAAUUUGAAAUAAACAGCCUUGGUAUCCUCAAGCAUUCUCUGCUCAGGAAGAUCCUCUGCAGCUCUUCUCCAUUCUAUAGCACCCAGGGAGUAUAGAAUAAAGUAGAAACGCCUUCGGCUGAGAUGUGUCCUAUUGCCCCCAUCUCUACUGGAUCUUAUUCUCGUAACUCUCCGCACCUCGCAUUGGUUGAAAAUUGACUUUUUUUCUAGAAAAAAAAGCCUUGGCAAUACAGAUCUGUUACUCACAGAAAAUAGUUUUGAUACUUACUUACUAUGUAGCUCUACAGCCCAGGGUGGGCCAUGGCUUCCUGAAUCAUAGCGUGCCAAUCAUCCCUAGCGGUCUAAGGUCGCUCUCAACAUCUUGUAGCCAUCUUUUUCUUGGUCUUCCCUUACUUCUUGUGCCGUACAUCGUGGAGAACAAUGGCCUAUAAGGCAGCCUGCCGUGGUCCGUUCUAACCAGGUGGCCUAACCAUUCCAUACGCCUAAUUUUAACGAAAUUAACUAUGUUGGGGCUGUUAUAUAAUUCAUAUAGCUCCGCAUUUUUUCUAUACCUCCACACACCCUCUUCACAAACAGCUCCAUAAAUUUUUCUCAAUAUUUUUCUUUCAAAAAUAUUCAUCAUACUAAUUGUGCUAGUACAAAGGGUCCAUGUCUCCGCUGCAUAAGUCACAAUAGGUCUUACUAAAGUCUUAUCUUUGUUUCUCGUGACAGGAGCAAUGAACGAAAAAUUUUUAGGUUAUACGAUCUUGAUAUUGAAACUAUCUUAAUCAAAACUAAAUUUGCUAUAAAAUUAUAGCAAUAUAGUCCGGAUUAACCAGUGGUAAAAGAGACAAUUUGUUUUAAUUAUACUUUUUUAACAUUAAUUAUAUUUAAGUGAAAGAUUUAAAUAAAAUACCAAGAUAUAAUAAAAAUAUGAUGGAAUUUUGAUUUAAUGGAUCAAUUAAUAAGAAUUUUUAAAAUCUGUGAAAAAAAAAACAAGAAGCAACAAAACAUUUUUUUAAGGACCAUGAUCAUUUCUUAAUGGGUGAGGAAGAUGGCCAUAACCAUUGGCUCCUUCAGAGCAUUAGUAAAAUUUAUUUUACAAUAAGAAUUAAAAAAAUUGUUUGAGAUAAAAAAUGAAGAAAUUGAGAAACAAAAGAUAAGAUUGAAACUGAAAAAAGUUCACUUCAAAGGUCAAUAUAAAAUUCAUGAAUACAUUUUAAUAUCAUGCUCUAAAUUAAUGUUUUACAAUAUGCAUCACCUUUCUUAUUUUCCGUUUAUUAAUUGUAAUGGUGAAAAAAUUAUAAUUAAAGUAAUAAAAAGAAGAAAUUCCGUGCUCCGUAAGGGUCUGUCCGAAGAGAAGUAGAUCCAUUAGUGGUAGGGGUACUACAGCACAUCUCCUCUCUAGUUUAUUCUAUGCUUUGUAAUCACACCCAGAAGCUGUAUGUAAUUCUAGGCAUCUUCCUCUUACUCUUUUAUCAGCUGAGCAUCCCUCUGUUAUCUUAUUCGGGAGCCUUUCUUGGUCCAUUCGAUGUAUGUGUCCUAACCAUCUUAUCCUUCCCUUUUUGACACAUGAAACUAAAUAUGGAUCUCCAUACAGAUCUCUAAGUUCCAUGUUUGUUUUUAUUUUGUUUGCAUUUUCGAUUUUGGAUGGGCCAUAUACUUUUCUCAGGAUUUUCCUCUCCGUUAUAUUAAUAUAAUUCUUCUGUCGCUUUUUUAGAAUGCCAGGCCUCACUGGCAUAUAUCACUACUGGUAGGAGGACGGUGUUAUAUAUUCUUGCUUUGUAUGUAAUUUCUUGAUUUAAAUGAAUUUUCUUGAGUGCCCAAUAGCAUUGUUUGCCAUUUUUAAUCUAGGUUUUAUCUUUUAUUUUCUGUAACAAUCGUGCCAAAAUAAUUUGAAUUUCGUAGCUUUUUUUAAAUUAUAUCUUCCACCUAUUUUUAGUAGAAAUUAGAUCUACCAGUUUUGCUUUCCUUGACUGACAUUUGUAUUUUGUUUUUCUUGUUUAUUUUGAACUCUAUAUUAAUUACUGCCUCUCCACAUUCUUCGUAUACCUCUCAGGACCAGUUGCUCCAACUUAGUAAAGCUCAGAUUAAGUGUCAUCUAAGACUAAACCAAGUUUCGGUCAACCGAUCAAGAUUAAACUUGGUUUAAUCUUAGAUAAUGCUUAAUCUAAGCUUUACUGAGUUGGAACAACUCACAACAGGCCCUCAAAAUGUAUGUUUGAAAUUACCAAGAUAAAUGACACUGGUGAUAAGGAUUAUUUCUGUUUCACUCCUUUUUGUAUAGUGAAGUCUGCGGACAAUUCUUGUAUUCUGUAUAUGUCCCUCUUGUACUGUAAGGUCAUUCUUAUCAUUCCGAUUGAAACGCAAUUAGGAAUAUAUGUUGAUCAUGGGACCUAGUAUAACACUGGAAGCUAGGUCUCGUAAUUAAAGCUUGGACUUUAAGAUUUCUGAAAAUCAGUCAGUACAGUCCAUCAAUCUUAGCCUUAAACAAUAAUGAAUGUCAUUCCGACUGACCAUAUAGUCUUCUUUAAGAAACACUUUGGAUAAAAUAAAUAUUUAAUUUUAUUUUUUCAUUAGUUCUAUUAGCAUUUAUUUGACAUUGUUUAAUACUCAUUAAUUGUUUCUCUAUCAACUUUUAUUAUUAUUAUAUAUAUAUAUACAAACAUGCAUUUGUUUUUAUAUUGAUUUUUGUUUUAUUGGUUAAUUUAGUUGGUGGUAUGAUAGUGACAUGACAGACUUAGUUUUACUCCUAUACAUUGGGGUAAUUUGUAUAUAUAUUUGUAAAAACAUUUUAUUGUUUAAUUGUAAAUUUUAACAAGUAUAUGAAUGAAAUUAUUAGCUAAAUAAAUACAUUUAUAUUUAAGAAUUGAAACGGAACGUGUAUUUGGAGUUAUUUCAUGUAUAGUGGACUAUGUUUUGUGGUAUAUUACUUUUUCAGAUUUUUUGCAAAAAUUAUAUUUUAAUUUAGCUUAGUCCAGUUAGAUUAUUAUGUAUUAUUUAUUUAUUUGUUUUAUGUAACUUUGUAAAAUUAUUUUUUUUUUAAUUUAUCUCAAUUAUUGUAGAUUCCCUGUAUAUUGCAGUUAAUAUGACUGUUAAAUUUAAUCAGAAAAAAUAUAUCAAUAUACUUUAAAAAAGUUUUUAGGUAAGUAUAAAGGAACGAGAUAAGACAGUUGAAUUUAAGGUUUUUAUUUUGGUUAAAAAGUUUCAUUUUUAGGAAAAUAUCAAGGUUGGGAGAGGAAAAAAAGGAAAUAAUUUUUAUUAAUAUGAACUCAGUUUAAUCUAUUUUUUAAUAUUACUUGUAAAACAGGAUGUGUAAAAAAAAAAAAAGACCAUUUUUCAAUUUAAUAUUUGUAUUAUUAUUUCUUUGAUAUAAAAUACAAGUAAUACUCAAAGUAUAGUCCAUUGUUAUCUACCGUCAUUGGCCAUCUGCUAGCCAAUUGGUCGAUCUCAAGCCGAUACCAUUCUUUAGAAUGACUGUCGAAGAACUCUUGGAGUGCAAUUUCAACUUCCGCAAAAUUAUUAAAUUUUUCCCCUUGAAGAAAAUGGGCCAUGGAUCUAAAUUAGUAGUAAUCCGAUGAUGUGAGGUCUGGACUAUAUGGUGGAUGAGGCAGGAGUAUCAUAUUAGAAGGUUUUUUCAAUAAAUUUUCUAUAAAUUAAUAAAAUGGUGUUAUCUUUUAACUAUGACAACCGUUUUAUAAAUUAAAAUCUAAAGAUACAAUAUUAUCAUUAUAUUAAAGAAAUUAUUAUUUUUUAUUCUUCUAGAUAUUAUUUCUAUAAAAUGGACAAUUUUUCUGAAAUACCGUCGUUUUUCAGUGAUCAACACGAUAAGCUGUUGCUUAAACUUUUAUUAAAAGUGAAUUUUCCUUGUUGAGUUAUUGGAUAUUUUACAUUCUACAAUGAAAGCAUUAUUUAAAAAAAAUAUUUUUUUUGUUAUUUAUUAAUUCUCCACUAUUUAAAAAUAUGUUGCAUUUGGAAUGUGAACGAUCAAAGUAUUUGAAAAGUUAUUGCAUUAGUAUUACUUUUGUAUAUUUAUUUUGUAUGUAUUUUGUAACUUAUAUGUGAUAAUUAAUUUUAUUUCUCAUUAUUAAAAUUGCAUUUAUUUUGAAAAAUAUAUUAUGUUUAAUGUAUUGUCAUAGACUUUAGUAAUCUCUAUUUUUUUUUUUUUUUUUUGUAAUAUAAUGUUAUUGAAUUGGGCAAUUUUAAAAAAAAAAAUGAAUGUUGAAGAUGUUAGAACUCCUUGAUAACUGAGAUCUAUUAGGAUUGAUAGAUAAGUAAGUGGUACAAAUCUGAUUGAACUAUUCUUUAAUGUGUAAGGUUAUAUAUCUAUGUGUAAGUGUGUACAUCUAAUUUAGUAUGUAAAAAUAUUUAAAGUUCUCAUUUUUAAAUUUACUAAACAGACAAUGAUAUUAGUUUAUAUAAAGAUCCUUAUCUGUGUUAAUUAUGAAAAUAUCGAUGUAAAAUAUUUAGAAUAUAUUUUUUUUUUGUUAAAUUAGUUUUAUUUUUUUAUUUUAUUUUAUUUGUUUCUUUUUGUCAUGAAAAUCUCAUAUUGUAAUGUAUUUAUGUUACAAGUUUUUAUUCCAUAUUGUACAAAUGUAUAAUCUAUGGUUUAUAGUUCAGCUGAUUAGGUUUAAUUAAAAGUAUUACGUCACAGAAUUAUCAAAAUAACUUGAUCACUAUUAUAUAUUGUACGCGCAUGGACACGAGUGUAUACAAUUGGUUCUUUUGGGCUAAUUAAAAUUUAAAAUCAUUGAAACGUUUGUAUAAAAAAAAAAAUGUAAUGGAUGGCUACAUUAUAUAUUGAGAUGUGAGCACAAUUACAAUCUAGAAUUGUAAACAUGACACCCUAUGAUAAUUUAUAGAUGUUGAAAUGUUGUAUAAAAUAUAAAAUAUAAUUACUGAAUUUAUUUUUUAUUCUUUGUCCUUUUUCAUUUUCCUCGUCUGUAACAUUUAUUUUUAGUUUUCUAUAUAAAGGUAAGGAAAUAUUGCAGUCGGGUCAAAUUUUUGAUGUUUGGUUCUCAACAGAUCUUUGUCCCUUGUUUGUUUCCUAAAUACUAUACUGAAAAUUCUAGGUUGUGAGCCAGGUGAGGAGGCACUUUUUUCGUCUUUUCACUUAUAUCAGAAGAACUAUCUAUCACAUCCACAAAGACAUUCUGUACAAAAUUAAAGCUGAUAAAAUUAUCAUUAUGAUUGAUUAUAUACCUUUUUUCAUACCUCAUUUAGUUUCCGAGAUAUCCGUCGCCAACUAUGGUUAUUUUAAAAAAAAAAAUUCAGUAAAAGUUAGGAACCGUAGAUGGGUACUUAUAUAAAAUAUUUAAAUUAUUUAUUUAUGUAGCAACUAUCAAUGUUCAAUUAAACAUAAUUUUUAAAAAUCAUUGUGAUGAAAUGCUUUGGCCAUGGUCUUGUUUGAUUAAGUCUGAAGCUCUCUCAGCUAUCAUAAUUGUUGGAGCAUUAGUGUUACCACUUGUCACUACUGGCAUGAUGGAAGCAUCAACAAUCCUCAAAUUCCUUAUACCGUACACCCGCAAUCGCGAAUCAACCACUGCCGCAGGGUCGUUGUCGGGACCCAUUUUACAUGAGCCUACAGAGUGAUAGAUAGUUACUGAGUAUUGUUGAAGAAGACAUAGUGCAUAUUCGUCAGACAUAAUUGCGUAGUUGGAGCAUAGAGGAAAAGCAUUGGUUUCUAGUUGGGCACCAAUUCUUUGCAUAGCUUUGGUUUGAAGGAGUUGUGAAACAAAAUUAAUUGUUCUCAUACUUGCUUCAAUAUCUGUUUGUGUGGAUAAGUAUUGUGGAUCCAUGAGAGGGACACUGAGAGGGUUUGUGUCUCGUAACCUCACUGUUCCUCGACUAGUCGGAUGGAUGUUGAAGACUAUAGCUGCCCAUUGCCCUUGGUCUUCGUUAAAUGGAUUGUAUGAGGUAAAUAAUAUCUCUGUAUCUGGUACUGGGCUAUUCCUAUUGGGGUCUGCAUUAACAAAGGCUGUACACUCAACUCCAAGAAGUGUAGUUAGAGGACCAUCACCAUUUUGUGCAUAAUCCAAUAUAGAUGAAAAAUUUUCAAAAGAUGAUCUCCAGUUAAUCGUGAAGUUCGAUGGGGCUGAAAACAAUAUUGGAACUCCAACAUGAUCAUGAAGAUUAUCACCGACCCUGAGAUUUUGUAUGACUGGUAAUCCUAAUUCAGAUAAAUGUUCUUGAGGACCGACACCUGAUAACAUUAGCAGCUGGGGGCUAUUGACAACCCCAGCUGAAAGUAUAACCUCCUUUGAAGCCAUAAUUGUAACAUUUUGGCCAUUUCUCAAGAAUUGGACACCUGUUGCAGUCUUUGUCGCUGGAUCUAUUAUAAUUUUAGUUACUCUUGACCUCAUAGCAACAUGUAAAUUACUCCUGUCUCUUAUAGGUCGAAGAAACGCUUUAGCCGUACUGCAUCUACUGCCAUUUCUAACAACUCCUUCACUCAACAUGAAGCCUAGUUGUGUAGGACCGUUAGCAUCGACUAGUGGGUAGCCCAUUUCUUCUCCUGCUUGCAGGUACACAUCUGUCAUUGGAGACAAGAAGUUUGAUCUAUUGACUGUUUGAUAACCUCCCUGAGCAUGAUAAGGAGAGCCUGCUACUGCUGGGUCUUGGUUGUCUUCCGAUCUUAAGAAAUAUGGAAACACUUCUUGAAAGCUCCAACCUGGAUUUCCCAUAUUUGACCAAUUAUCAUAGUCUUGAGGGUUUCCUCUGAUGUAAACAAAAUCAUUUAAAGUACUUGAACCACCAAGUCCAUGUCCUCUUGGCCAAG